GUUAAAUAUCUUCUUGGCAAUCCCAUAGUGGGAAGGAUGACGUGGAGUCACUUUUGGUUGUGUUUCCUGGCACUGUCAGUUCCAAACAUCGCCAAUGUCCAAGCAAGACAGGCUCUCAACCAUGUCAACAGCAUCUGCAGCACCUGGGGCCGGCACCACUUCAAGACGUUUGACGGGGACGUGUACCAGUUCCCCGGCUUGUGUGGAUACAACCUGGUGUCCGACUGCCACGAGAUGUACAGAGAAUUCUCGGUGCACAUCCAGAAGAGCCUGGUAGACGGCCACCCCGCGGUCAACGAGCUGGUUGUCACCAUCAACGACCUUGUGUUCCAUCUGACUAAGAGGAAUGUCUCAUUGAACGGUGAUCAUAUCAACUUGCCGUACUUAAAUGCGGGGAUUCAACUCGAACGGAAUGCGGUUUACACCAAGCUCCAGGCCAAGGUCGGCCUGGUUGUAAUGUGGAAUGGUGAUGAUGCUGUGAUGGUGGAGCUGGAUUCUGAUUAUCAUAACCGCACUUGUGGCCUUUGUGGGGAUUUCAAUGGCGUUCCAGUCUACAAUGAAUUCAAUCACCACAAUCGCAAAAUCCACCCCAUUGAGUUUGGCAAUGGACAGAGAGUCCAUCGACCAAACGAUGAGUGUGAGGACCCCUACGAGGAGGAAGAGCAGGAGCUGGACGCCCAGGACCUAGAAUACCCGGAACUAGAAGACCAGGCUGUUGAGAUCCCCUGCAAGGAAUUUCGCCCAAUAUGCGAAAAGGUGAUCUACUCUGAAGCCUGGAGCUCUUGUGCAUCGCUGGUGGAUCCGGCCCCAUACACCCAGGCCUGUGUGCAGGACAUGUGUGGAUGUGGCAAUAGCACCAAUGACUUCUGCGUCUGCAGCACACUGGCAGAGUUCUCCCGCCAGUGUUCCCAUGCCGGGGGUCAGCCGCCCAGCUGGAGGACGCCCCAGUUCUGCGCUAAGAUGUGUCCCUUCAACAUGGUGUAUGAAGAGAGUGGCUCUCCAUGCAUGGCUAGCUGCACGGUCUCAGACAUCAGCUCGCUCUGUGAGGACCACAAAAUGGAUGGCUGCUUUUGUCCUGCGGGAACAGUGUGGGACAACAUUUCACAGAGAGGUUGUGUCAGCCAGACUGAAUGCCAGUGUAAACACGAUAAAAUCUACAACUCCGGGGAAGUUUACCGACAGGAUAGUAAAGAAUGUUUAUGCUAUCAGGGAAGAUGGGACUGUAAGAGUCUUCCCAGUCCGGCUACUUGCGCAGUGGAAGAGGGUUCCCAUGUGACUACUUUUGAUGGGAAAGCCUACAUUUUCCAUGGGAAUUGCCACUACGUACUGGCUAAGAUCGAAAGCAAGGAUGAUACCAGCCCCAAGUUCACCAUCUUCGUCCAGCUGGUCCCAUGUGUGAACCAGGAGUUUGACACUUGUCUGAAGAGUGUGAAGGUCCUACUGAACAAUGACAAAAACAACAUGCUAGCGUUCUCUGCAGAUGGAAAAGUGAGGCACAACAUGCAGAUCAUCAGCUUGCCAUACAACACAGGCGACAUCAACAUAUUCCAGGCAUCGUCGUUCCACAUCCUGCUCCAGACCAGGUUUGGGUUACAGAUUCAGGUCCAGCACGUUCCGCUCCUGCAAGUCUAUGUGACCCUUGAACAGAGAUACAAAACAAAGACAAGAGGUUUAUGUGGAAACUACAACAUGAUGCUGUCCGAUGAUAUGAAGACACCUCAAGGGAUUGUGGAAGGCACUGCAUCCUCUUUUGGGAAUUCCUGGAAGUCUAGUUCUACCUGCCCGGAGAGAGAUGAACGUCUGGAAAGCCCCUGUUCCGUCAGUGUGGAGAACGAGCGAUAUGCUGAACAUUGGUGCUCGAUGUUAACACGUCCAGACGGCCCAUUUACAAACUGUCAUGCAAUGGUCGAUCCAGAACUGUACCACAAGAGAUGCAUCUACGCCACAUGUAACUGUGAGAAAACCGAAGACUGCAUGUGUGCCGUUUUCUCCUCCUAUGCACGAGCUUGUGCUUCGAAAGGAGUUUUCCUGAGCGAUUGGAGGGUGAACGUCUGUGAUAAAUACACAAGGGGCUGCCCGGAAAGCCAAAGCUUCUCCUACAAGCUGCAGCGCUGCCAGUGGACAUGCAGGCAGCUGAGCUCAGAGCAGCAGAGCUGCACCUCUGACUUCCUGCCUGUGGACGGCUGCUCCUGCCCUGAGGGGACGUAUCAGGAGGAACACGGUGCCUGUGUGCCCAUGAACAAAUGCCCCUGCUAUCACAAUGGAGUCCACAUAAAGCCAGGCAAAUCAAUAAGCAUCAAAGAGCAACACUGUUUGUGCUCCAAUGGCAAGCUUCACUGUCGUACUUGGAAGACAUCAUCACAAGCCUGUCCAACUCCAAAAGUCUACCUUAACUGUUCGAGCACAGACGUCCGAGAUCUGGGCGUGCAAUGUGCUCGGACAUGUAGAAACACAGAGAUUGAUAGUUGUUACUUAACAGAAUGUGAAUCCGGCUGUCAAUGCCCCAGUGGUCUCCUUGAUGAUGGCAAGGGCUCCUGUGUGAAGGAACAUGAAUGUCCUUGCCAACAUGAUCACACCCUCUACGCUUCUGGCUCUGAAAUCAAAGAUCAGUGCAACACCUGUACAUGUCGAAAGGGGAACUGGGAGUGUACGGAGAAGAAAUGCCCAGGGACUUGCAUCAUUUAUGGUAGUGGUCAUUACAGAACCUUUGAUCAGAGAACGUAUGGCUUUCAGGGGCAAUGCGCCUACGUGGCCAUCCAGAACAAAUGUGGCAACAAAUCGGUCGAGGACAUCUUCCGGGUUAUUACAGAAAAUAUACCAUGUGGAACUACUGGCACCACCUGCUCCAAAUCUGUCCGGAUUCAGCUGGGGAAUAAAGAAAUUAAAUUAGCAAAGGGAAAAUACGAAGUAUCGGAUCUGGCGAUGGGCUCUGAGAUCAAGUACACAAUCAGACCUGUUGGGAUGUAUCUGGCUGUAGAAGCUUCACUCGGGAUCACAGUUCUAUGGGACCGCAAAACCACCAUCCGGAUCCUUCUGGAACCACAGCACAGUGCGGGGGUUUGCGGUCUUUGUGGAGACUUUAAUGGAGAUGUCCAGAAUGACUUCACUACCCAGAGUCAGAUGGUAGUGAGCAGCCCCCUUGAGUUUGCAAACAGCUGGAAGGCUUUAAGCUCUUGCCUGGAUGCCGAAGCAAGCGCUGAUUCUUGUGUGCUGCAGCCCCAUCGCCACAACUGGGCCCAGAUACAGUGUAGCAUUAUAAGGAGCGUCACCUUCCAAGACUGCCACAAAAAGGUGAAUCCUAUUCCGUUUUACGAAAACUGUGUAAAAGACUCGUGCGCCUGCGACAGUGGAGGAGACUGCGAGUGCUUCUGCACAGCAGUUGCAGCCUACGCCCAGGCUUGUAAUGAAGUCAGUGUGUGCGUUGCCUGGAGAACCCCGGAAAUAUGCCCCGUAUUUUGUGACUACUACAAUGAAGGGGAAUUAUGUGAGUGGCACUACAAGCCUUGCCAUGAACCUUGUUACGAGACCUGCCGGAAUCCACACGGAUGCAACAAUUCAAUACCAAACCUGGAAGGCUGUUACCCUGUGUGCCCAGAAGAUAAGCCCAUAUUUGAUGAAGAUAAAGGAAUAUGUGUCGAGAGCUGUGAUGGAUGCAUUUACAAUGGAACAUAUUACAAUGACAAUGAUGUCAUAUACAAUGUGACGGACAAUUUAGGAAUGUGCUAUUAUGCUAUUUGCAAAAAUGGAAAAGUGAUAGAGACAAAUGAUCCCUGUCCAACUCCCAAACCAUCCACAACAACAACGCCAUUCAUUACCUCAACUACAACACCAACAUCAUCACCAGCAACCACACCUAGACCAACUACACCCUUAGUCACAACUAAAGAGACCACCACACAAGAGCCAACACCAACCCCUGUUGACACAACAUCAACUAAUACACCUCAAACAACUAUGACAAGUAGUUCAACGACUGAACCAACUACACCUGAAGUAACAACUAGAGAGACAACAAGCCCACCUGUUUCAACAACUACUCCACCUACUCCCUCUGUCAUCUCAACGACAACGUUGACAACAACAACCACUGCACCACCAAGUACAACUGUUGCAACCCCAACCCCUGUUGUCACGACAACAACAACUCCCACACAAGAAACAACCUCAGUUACGACAACUCCAUCCACCACAACUGAAGGAACAACCGGAAUCCCCUCAACGACCCCCUGCGAGGAAGAGUGUGAAUGGACACAAUGGUUUGAUGUGGACAGCAGUACGGACGGCAGUGACUGGGAAACGUACGAGAACAUUACAAACAGUGGAGAGAAGAUAUGUCAAAAACCAAGGAACAUUUCAUGCAGAUCGACAAAGGCUCCUGAUAAAAGCUUUGAUGACUUUGUCAAGGAAACGGGACAAGUUGUCUCUUGUGAUAUCAACUAUGGUUUGAUAUGCAAAAAGAAGGAUCAGGUCAGCCGACCUUACAAGUGCUUUAACUACCAGAUCAAGGUGGUUUGUUGUGUGCCAUGCAUUCCCCCCCCCACCCCUCCAACUACAUCAACUACCGUCAUUACCUCUAGCCCAAAUCCAACACCAGGUGGCACCACUUCAGAACAGCCUACGCCUGUCUUCUCAACAACUAUAUCUACAACAACUGCUCCACCAAGUACACCUGUUGCAACACCAACCCCUGUUGUCACAACAUCACCUACUACACCUCAAUCUACAAGAAGUACCACGACUGAACCAACCACUACUCCAACAACUACAUCUACAACAACUGCUCCAACAAGUACACCUGUUGCAACACCAACCCCUGUUGUCACGACAUCAACUACUACACCUAAAACAACUACGACAAGUAGUUCCACGACUGAACCCACCACAACUCCAACAACUACAUCUACAACAACUGCUCCACCAAGUACACCUGUUGUAACACCAACCCCUGUUGUCACGACAUCAACUACUACACCUAAAACAACUACGACAAGUAGUUCCACGACGGAACCAACCACUACUCCAACAACUACAUCUACAACAACUGCUCCACCAAGUACACCUGUUGUAACACCAACCCCUGUUGUCACGACAUCAACAACUACACCUAAAACAACUACGACAAGUAGUUCCACGACUGAACCAACCACUACUCCAACAACUACAUCUACAACAACUGCUCCACCAAGUACACCUGUUGUAACACCAACCCCUGUUGUCACGACAUCUACUAUUACACCUAAAACAACUACGACAAGUAGUUCCACGACGGAACCAACCACUACUCCAACAACUACAUCUACAACAACUGCUCCACCGAGUACACCUGUUGUAACACCAACCCCUGUUGUCACAACAUCAACUACUACACCUAAAACAACUACGACAAGUAGUUCCACGACGGAACCAACCACUACUCCAACAACUACAUCUACAACAACUGCUCCACCGAGUACACCUGUUGUAACACCAACCCCUGUUGUCACGACAUCUACUAUUACACCUAAAACAACUACGACAAGUAGUUCCACGACUGAACCAACCACUACUCCAACAACUACAUCUACAACAACUGCUCCACCGAGUACACCUGUUGUAACACCAACCCCUGUUGUCACGGCAUCAACUACUACACCUAAAACAACUACGACAAGUAGUUCCACGAAUGAACCAACCACUACUCCAACGACUACAUCUACAACAACUGCUCCACCAAGUACACCUGUUGUAACACCAACCCCUGUUGUCACGACAUCUACUACUACACCUAAAACAACUACGACAAGUAGUUCCACGACUGAACCAACCACUACUCCAACAACUACAUCUACAACAACUGCUCCACCGAGUACACCUGUUGUAACACCAACCCCUGUUGUCACGACAUCAACUACUACACCUAAAACAACUACGACAAGUAGUUCCACGAAUGAACCAACCACUACUCCAACGACUACAUCUACAACAACUGCUCCACCGAGUACACCUGUUGUAACACAAACCCCUGUUGUCACGGCAUCAACUACUACACCUAAAACAACUACGACAAGUAGUUCCACGAAUGAACCAACCACUACUCCAACGACUACAUCCACAACAACUGCUCCACCAAGUACACCUGUUGUAACACCAACCCCUGUUGUCACGACAUCUACUACUACACCUAAAACAACUACGACAAGUAGUUCCACGACUGAACCAACCACUACUCCAACAACUACAUCUACAACAACUGCUCCACCGAGUACACCUGUUGUAACACCAACCCCUGUUGUCACGACAUCAACUACUACACCUAAAACAACUACGACAAGUAGUUCCACGAAUGAACCAACCACUACUCCAACGACUACAUCUACAACAACUGCUCCACCAAGUACACCUGUUGUAACACCAACCCCUGUUGUCACGACAUCAACUACUACACCUAAAACAACUACGACAAGUAGUUCCACGACUGAACCAACCACUACUCCAACAACUACAUCUACAACAACUGCUCCACCGAGUACACCUGUUGUAACACCAACCCCUGUUGUCACGACAUCAACUACUACACCUAAAACAACUACGACAAGUAGUUCCACGAAUGAACCAACCACUACUCCAACGACUACAUCUACAACAACUGCUCCACCAAGUACACCUGUUGUAACACCAACCCCUGUUGUCACGACAUCAACUACUACACCUAAAACAACUACGACAAGUAGUUCCACGACUGAACCAACCACUACUCCAACAACUACAUCUACAACAACUGCUCCACCAAGUACACCUGUUGUAACACCAACCCCUGUUGUCACGACAUCUACUACUACACCUAAAACAACUACGACAAGUAGUUCCACGACUGAACCAACCACUACUCCAACAACUACAUCUACAACAACUGCUCCACCAAGUACACCUGUUGUAACACCAACCCCUGUUGUCACGACAUCAACUACUACACCUAAAACAACUGCGAUAAGUAGUUCCACGACUGAACCAACUGCAACUGUAGUAACAACUACAGAGACAACAAGCGCACCUGUAUCAACAACUACUCCACCUACUCCAACGGUCAUCUCAACGACUACAUCCACUACAACACCCACUGUACCACCCAGUACAACUGUUGCAACAUCAACCCCCGUUAUCACUUCACCUACUACACCUCUAACUACAAGAGGUACCACGACUGAACCCACCACUACUCCAACUGUCAUCUCAACAACUACAUCUACAACGACAACUGCACCACCAAGUACAACAAUUGUAACACCAACCCCUGUUGUCAAGACAUCAACUACUACACCUCAGACAACUAUGACAAGUAGUUAUACGACUAAACCAACUGCACCCGUAGAAACAUCUACAGAGACAACAAGUCCACCUGUUUCAACAACUACUCCACCUACUCCAACGGUCAUCUCAACAACUACAUCUACAACAACACCCACUGUACCACCCAGUACAACUGUUGUAACAUCAACGCCCGUUUUCACAUCACCUACUACACCUCAAACAACAACGACAAGGAGUACCCUGACUGAACCAACCACCACUCCAACCGUCAUCUCAACAACUAUAUCUACAACAACUGCAUCAUCCAGUACAACUGUAGAAACACUGACCCCUGUUACCACGGUGACUAAACCACACCAUUCAACAACAACGCCAAUCACUACAUCAUCAACAACAAAUGAGUCAAUUGUUACUGGCAUUGUAACAACUACCACCGGUCCAUCUACGGCGCCGGUUGGACUCCCUUCUGCCUCAAGUACUACUGAAACAACAUACACCGUUGUCCUCAGUACCACCACUGUAAAAAUCCCAACUACAACUACAGGAUGUGUCUGUAUUGUUGAUGGCAAGCAUUAUAAACCUGGUGAGACAAUAUACGACAGGAAAGAUAUUGGAUCAGGGAUUUGUCUCAGCAUGAUAUGUUCGGCUAUUUGCGAACUUCAAAACCAAACAGAACCUUGCCACUCUACACCCUCAUCAACACCUUCCCCUCCACCACCUCCUCCCACCUGCCCCGAGUGGGAUGUAACGCAAAACGAGACAUUUGUGCUGUGUGAUUGCAUAAUGGCCAAAUGCAUUGAGAACACAACGAUUGAAAUAGUACCAUAUGUAUGCCCCCCACUGGAAGAAAUCCCCUGUGCCAGUGGAAAGAAACCAGUUCUUAUAGACGAUGAAUACGGAUGCUGCAAGUAUUACACAUGCCCAUGUGAAUGUGAAGGCUGGGGAGACCCACAUUACAUUACGUUUGAUGGCGUCUUCUACAGUUAUCAAGGAAACUGCACAUAUGUCUUAAUGGAAGAGAUCACACCAAAGCAUAAUUUGAAGGUUAUUGUAGACAAUGUGUACUGUGAGCCCACCGAAGACGUUUCUUGUCCUCGCUCAAUUAUCGUGUCGUAUAAUUCACAAGUAAUAACUCUCAAGAAUCAUAACCUUAUGGGAGCAGCCAAGAUGGAGGUUCUCAGUAGCGGAGAGACUGUAAAAGUGCCUUAUUACCAUCAAGGGAUAAAGGUACUAAGCACUGGAAUGUCCUUGAUCUUGGAGAUCCCUACUCUGCAAGUGGUCAUCACAUUUGGAAUUACAGGAUUUAGUAUAAGCCUGCCACCUCGGGAAUUCGUCAACAACACCAUGGGGCAUUGUGGAACAUGCAACAACAACAAGGCUGAUGAUUGUAUGUUGCCUGGAGGCCAGCUGAUACAGAAUUGUGAAGUGAUGGCUGACUUCUAUCUUGUGGAAGACUUGUACAAGCCAUCCUGCCAUGUUCCAUCCGUAAAACCAACCGAUUCGCCCUUACCCCCACUGCCACUAACCACAUGCAAACCAGAUUCUGUAUGUGGAGUUCUUCUGGGCAGUCUAUUCAAAGCAUGCCAUGCCAUUGUCUCACCGGACAAAUUCUACCAGGGUUGCAUCUUUGAUAGCUGCCAUGUCGCCAACCCAGUGGUGCAGUGCACCAGCUUGCAGGUGUACGCUGCCUCCUGUGCACAGGCCGGGGUCUGCCUGUACUGGAGGAAUCACACCACUCUUUGUCCCAGUAACUGCCCAGCAGACAAAGUCUAUAAACCAUGUGGUCCUGCAGAGCAGCAAACCUGUGAAGACAAACCUGGCGAAAAUCAAAUGAACUUUACCACUGAGGGGUGCUUUUGUCCUGAUGGCAUGAAGCUCUUCAACAAGGAGUCAAACAUAUGUGUUGAUAAAUGUGGAUGUUUGGAUUCAGAGGGCGUUCCCCGCGAGUUUAAUGAGAUAUUUGAUCAAAACUGCCAAACUUGCAUCUGCGAGGAUUCCACCAAGUCUGUGACAUGCAAGCCCAAAGACUGCCCUGCAAUUCCAGCGGGAAGCUGCACCAAACCAGGGUUCAUACUGGUGAAUCAAACCCAUCCAGCAGACAGAUGUUGUCUUCACUAUGUUUGCCAAUGUGACAGCAGCACUUGUCCAGUUGGCGACCUGAGCUGCAAUGUUGGAUACAUACCAGAAGUCUCUGUGCCAAUGGGACAUUGUUGCCCUGUGCGCCAUUGCUUGCCUAAAGCGGUUUGUGUGCACAAAGGAAUGGAAUACCAGGUCGGUUCCCCAGUCCCAGUCGUCAAGUGUCAGAACUGCACUUGUUCCAGGCAGGUGAUAGAAGAUUCAGGUCUGCUAGAGAUAACCUGUAAGAUGCUGGCAUGUGACCAGAACUGUGGUCUGGGAUACAAGUAUGUUUCAGACAAGGGCCUUGAGGAGUGUUGUGGGAGGUGCCUGCAGACCCACUGUGUUGUCGACAGAAACAUAACACAGGAGCUGCUUAAGGAAGGAGAAACGUGGUCCCCACCGGGGAACAUGUGUGAGUUUUAUACUUGCGUGAAGAUUGGAGAGACGCUCACAACAAUCAUGUCCACCACGGUGUGUCCGCACUUCCAGCAGAGCAACUGUUACCCUGAUACAGUUCAGACGGCUGCAAAUGGCUGCUGUAAGAUCUGCGUGGAGAUGGACAAGGGGUGUAAGCGGGGCUCUAUGAGACAGCGGAUCACGCACAACAGGUGCCAGGCCCGGGAGGACGUUGACAUGCCCUAUUGUGAGGGUUCCUGCAACACUUUCGCCAGGUACGAGGAAAUGGCAGCCGGUUUGGAGCACACGUGCGCGGGCUGCUGGGAGUCGCGCUUCAGCAACCGCACGGUGGAGCUGGAGUGUCUGAACGGAGACCUGGUGCCGUACACUUACGUCCACGUGGAGGAGUGCAGCUGCGGAAACACCAACUGCAACCGGGCGGCCCGGCUGCCAGCUCGCAAGAGACGGGCCAACAUAGGAGUUUAAAUGAUGGACACGACCCAAAAGACGCCCACCGUUACGCUCAGGCUAUGCUAAAACCUUUUUUGAUGUUUUUAUUUGAAAGCGAAUCACUUUAAUGUUUGUCAAAAAAUGUCUAAUGCAAAUUAAUAAAUUAACAAUGCAACUUC